AAUGUGUCUGCUGAAGUUUUUCCAAAUUAAUUUGAUUGGAAUCUUAAUCUUAAGAGAGUAAAUUGUCUUUUAGCGAAACUUGUAAUGUAGCUUGUAAUUAAACAUUGUGUUAAGUUUCCUUUCCUUGACUCAUGGUCACCUGGUUCGAGCAUGUGAGCAUGCUGGUUAUACUUCUGAACUGUGUGACCCUGGGCAUGUUCCAGCCCUGCGAGGACGUCACGUGCCAGUCUGAGUGGUGUGUCAUCCUCCAAGCAUUUGAUGACUGCAUCUUUGCCUUUUUCGCUGUGGAGAUGGUUAUCAAGAUGAUGGCUCUGGGGAUUUUUGGAUCUAAGUGUUACCUUGGAGACACAUGGAACCGCCUGGACUUCUUCAUUGUCAUGGCUGGGAUGUUGGAGUACUCACUGGAUGGUCACAAUGCCAGCCUGUCAGCCAUCCGGACUGUGCGUGUGCUCAGGCCUCUACGAGCCAUCAACAGAGUCCCUAGUAUGAGGAUACUGGUGACUCUGCUCCUAGAUACUCUGCCUAUGUUAGGCAAUGUCCUCCUGCUGUGCUUUUUUGUGUUCUUUAUAUUCGGCAUUGUUGGGGUGCAGCUUUGGGCUGGUCUUCUAAGGAACAGGUGUUUCCUAGACAAAAACGCGAAAGAUCUGUACAAUCUGUCCUUCAUGAGUCCAUAUUACAUGCAUGAGGACGGGGAGGAGAGCCCAUUUAUCUGCUCCACUAUAAUUAACGGCAUGCUCAAGUGCACCGACGUGCCACAUUACAAGGAGGGUGAGAUGGAGUGCAAUCUAAAUGCAUCCCUUGGACACUCCUUGUCUGGCCCUGAUACCAGGAACGGUUGCGUGAACUGGAACCAGUACUACAGUGUGUGUCAGCCCGGGGAGCUUAACCCUCACAAAGGGGCUGUGAACUUUGACAAUAUUGGAUAUGCUUGGAUUGCUAUUUUCCAGGUUAUCACUUUGGAGGGAUGGGUCGACAUCAUGUAUUAUGUUAUGGAUGCCCAUUCCUUUUACAAUUUUAUAUAUUUUAUAUUGCUUAUUAUAGUGGGUUCUUUCUUCAUGAUAAAUUUGUGCCUGGUUGUGAUCGCAACCCAGUUCUCGGAAACUAAGCAGCGGGAGAACCAACUGAUGCAGGAGCAGCGUGCACGCUACAUGUCCAAUGACAGCACACUGGCCAGCUAUUCAGAGCCUGGCAGCUGUUAUGAGGAGAUGCUCAGGUACAUCAGCCACCUGUACCGCAAAGUGAAGCGCCGUGCAUACCGGAUCUACACCAGUUGGCAGAGCAAGCGCAGGAAGAAGGUCAACCCCAAUAGUGGCGCCUUGCCAGGGGGUGGAGGGUCCAAUGGGCAUGGCAGGCAAAAGAGUGGUGGGCACUGGGCACGUUCUGUCCACAAUCUUGUCCAGCACCACCAGCAUCAUCACUGUCACCUCAGCAAUGGCAGCCCAAGCCCUCAGGCCAUAGCUGAGAGCACCGAUGUUCUGGAGAUGAGGUUUGUCACGUCAGGAGUUCAGCUGACGGUGUCCUCACAGUCACCUGCUGGGCUUUCACCAGGACACCAGUCAGUGCAUAGCAUCUUUCAAGGUGACUUUCAUGAAGGCCCGCAGAUUUGCACAGGCACCACAGCUCUGGGGAGACUUAAUGGGGGCAUGAACUAUCCUACCAUUUUGCCAUCCUUCAUCUGCAGCUAUACAGGCAGCAACGUCACAGCCAAAGGUAGAAUCGAGGCCAACAACAGCACAGCAGAUAUGGUGGAUCCGUUUGAGAAACUACAUCAUCUCACAGGAGAACACAGUCACAGACGAUUGAUGCUGCAGAUGGCAGGCGUAGAGCCGACUUCCCUGCUCUUUGAGGUUCUCAGGUGCCCAUACUGUGCACAGGCUCUGGAGAACAUUGACCUAGACCUGGCUGACUCGGAAUGCUCCCAGUCUGAAGGCGAGGUGGUGCAUGAGUUUUCCCACAGAGCAAGGUUUAGACUGGGACACUCGCAUUACCACAAGAGGCUUGAGGACCGUAGCCGAUUGAUGCGGUGCUGGGAGAACUUCAGAGACAGGAUGAAACGCAUAGUGGAUAGCAAGUACUUUAACCGUGGGAUUAUGAUCGCCAUCCUCAUCAACACGUUGAGCAUGGGAAUAGAGUAUCACGAGCAGCCUGAUGAACUGACAGAUAUCCUGGAGAUUAGCAAUAUUGUUUUCACCAGCAUGUUUGUCCUUGAGAUGAUCUUCAAGCUGAUGGCCUUUGGACUCUUCGGCUACAUCAAAAACCCAUAUAAUAUCUUUGAUGGGAUAAUUGUUGUUAUAAGUGUAUGGGAGAUUAUUGGACAGGCUGAUGGGGGUCUUUCCGUGCUCAGGACCUUCCGUCUCUUGCGUGUACUCAAGCUGGUGCGCUUCCUACCGGCUCUCCGGAGACAGCUGGUGGUCCUGAUGAAGACGAUGGAUAAUGUGGCCACCUUCUGCAUGCUGCUCAUGCUCUUCAUUUUCACCUUCAGUAUUCUUGGAAUGCAUCUGUUUGGCUGCAAAUUCAGCCUGAAGUUGGAGAAUGGAGACACCAUCCCAGACAGGAAGAACUUUGACUCUUUGCUGUGGGCCAUCGUCACUGUGUUUCAGAUACUAACUCAGGAGGACUGGAAUGUGGUCCUCUAUAAUGGAAUGGCUUCCACCUCUCCAUUGGCUGCACUUUACUUUGUGGCCCUGAUGAGCUUUGGGAAUUAUGUCCUAUUUAACCUUCUAGUAGCCAUCUUGGUGGAGGGUUUUCAAGCAGAGGGAGAUGCCACCAAGUCUGACGCAGACGAGGAGAAGAGAUCAGUUAAUUUUGAAGAAGAGGAGAAGAUGGGAGAAUUACGUGCCACAGAGUUAAAGAUGUACUCUCUGAUGAUGUCUGCAAACGGGCAUGUGGACUCUCGUGGUAAUUUGCCUCCACCGAUCAUCAUGCGCACCGCCGCAACUCCUAUGCCCACACCAAAGAGUUCUCUUGGCACAGACUCCAUCUUCAGUUUAGAAGAAUCAAGGCGUGGCAGUGGGAUAUCCAUUGAUCCAAUUGUUUACGAUCAGAGAUCAUUAGCCAGCCCACGCAAAUCACCCUGCCACCCAUGUAGUUCAAGCAGUAACUGGGGCAGCCGCAGGUCAAGCUGGAACGGCCUGAGUCGGGCACCAAGUCUAAAGAGGAAAGACACCUCUGGGGAGAGGGAGUCUCUGCUCUCAGGUGAGGGCAGGGGCAGCUUUGAGGAUGAGGAGCCAGAGGGGAUCAUGUUGGGAAAUGCAGGAAGUGCCAGUGGUGGCUCUCUGCACCACCCCAGUUCUCUGGACUUCGCUGAGCUGCCCACACUCCCCAGCCCGUGCCUAUCAGGAGAGUACCAUGACUGCAACGGCAGGGCGUUACACCUGUCCACAGAGCUGCCCUCAGAGCUGAGUCGCGAGGACUCCACCACAGAGGAGGAUCUAGAUGAUAGUUUCUGUUUUCGUCUGAAGAGGGUGCUGGAUGUGUAUAAACCCAAGUGGUGUAAAAGUCAUGAGGACUGGUCUCUCUAUAUAUUCUCUCCACGGAACAGGUUUCGUAUGUUCUGCCAGAGGAUCAUCUCACACAAGCUGUUUGACCAUGUGGUCUUAGUCUUUAUCUUCCUUAACUGCAUCACUAUUGCUCUGGAGAGGCCACACAUUCAGUCCAAUAGCCCAGAGCGAGUGUUCCUCAGUAUUUCCAAUUAUGUAUUCACUGUGAUAUUUGUUGCUGAAAUGACUGUGAAGGUGGUGGCUCUUGGCUUCUAUUCAGGAAAGGAUAGUUAUCUACAAAGCACCUGGAACGUGUUGGAUGGAGUGUUGGUGUCUGUUUCACUCAUUGACAUCCUGGAGUUCCUGGCAUCCACCGGUGGGAACAAGAUCUUUGGUAUUCUGAGAGUUCUACGUCUACUAAGGACGCUGAGGCCUUUAAGAGUGAUCAGUCGUGCUCCUGGACUGAAGCUGGUGGUUGAAACUUUGAUAACGUCACUGAGGCCCAUCGGGAACAUAGUACUGAUCUGCUGCGCGUUCUUCAUUGUCUUUGGCAUUCUUGGAGUUCAGCUCUUCAAAGGCAAGUUUUACCACUGUGAAGGCUUGGACACAAGAAACAUCACUAAUAAAUCAGAUUGCCUACAAGCCAACUACAAAUGGAUUCGGAGGAAGUACAACUUUGAUAAUUUGGGGCAGGCUCUCAUGUCGCUGUUUGUGCUGUCUUGUAAGGAUGGCUGGGUGAAUAUUAUGUACGAUGGCCUGGAUGCUGUAGGUGUGGACCAACAGCCGGUACGUAACCACAACCCCUGGAUGCUGCUUUAUUUCAUCUCCUUCCUGCUGAUUGUGAGCUUCUUCGUGCUGAACAUGUUCGUGGGUGUGGUGGUGGAGAACUUCCACAAGUGUCGGCAGGACCAGGAAGAAGAGGAGUCGCGCCUGCGUGAGGAGAAGAGGCAGCGGUUGAUGGAGAAAAGGCGCAGGAAAGCACAGCAGCGGCCCUACUACGCAGAUUACUCACCAGCCCGGCUCUACAUCCACACACUGUGCACUAACCACUACCUGGACCUCUUUAUCACCUUCAUCAUCUGCAUCAACGUGGUCACCAUGUCCAUAGAGCACUACAACCAGCCCAUGUAUCUAGAGGAAGCGUUGAAGUACUGCAACUAUGUCUUCACUGUCUUCUUCAUCUUAGAGGCGCUUCUCAAACUCGUGGCUUUUGGCUUCCGAAGAUUCUUCAAAGACAGGUGGAACCAAUUAGAUCUGGCCAUUGUGCUUCUCUCCAUCAUGGGCAUCACGCUGGAGGAGAUCAAGAUGAACGCUGCCCUUCCAAUCAACCCCACUAUCAUUCGUAUCAUGAGGGUUUUGAGAAUAGCUCGAGUGCUGAAGCUUUUAAAGUUGGCUACAGGAAUGAGAGCAUUGCUGGACACUGUGAUGCAGGCUCUACCACAGGUUGGAAAUCUGGGCUUGCUGUUUAUGCUUCUCUUCUUCAUUUAUGCUGCACUCGGCGUAGAGCUCUUUGGGAAAUUGGAAUGCACUGACAAUAACCCAUGUGAAGGACUCAGUCGACAUGCCACAUUCGAGAACUUUGGAAUGGCCUUUCUAACCCUCUUCAGAGUUUCAACUGGUGACAACUGGAACGGUAUAAUGAAGGACACUUUAAGGGAGUGCACACCGGAAGAUAGGCAAUGCCUGAGCUACCUGCCCUUGGUAUCCCCUAUAUACUUUGUCACCUUUGUACUGAUGGCCCAGUUUGUGCUGGUGAACGUGGUGGUGGCUGUGUUGAUGAAGCACCUGGAGGAGAGCAAUAAGGAAGCCAAGGAAGAUGCCGAGAUGGAUGCAGAGAUUGAGAUGGAGAUGGAAAUGGCCCGGCGUCACAGUAACGUCUCAGCAAUGAGCUCUGGUGGCCCAGAGGGCAGGGGCACCUAUAUGAGGCCAAGGCCACAUUCACCUGAAGAGGAUGAGCGAAUGCAGAGAACUCAGGAGAAUUUGUUAUCUCCACGAAAGAUGUCAGUGUCCAGGAUGCACUCUUUGCCUAAUGACAGUUACAUGUUUCACCCGGUGAGGCCAGCCAGCGCACCAUACCCUCUGCAGGAAGUGGAGCCCACUCAAGCAUACCUCGAAUUAGGCUCAGUGACCUCGAUCCACUCACAGCCAUGUGAAGGUCAUUCCUUGCUCCAGGUUCCUGGUGUUCAUCCUCAGCCCCAUAUUAGUAUUUGCAUGCCUAGGAUCCCCACUCCAAAGUCAUCUCCCCUGCAUGUUGUAGGCAGGCCUCUGCGUAGACAGGAAGCAAUCAAGAAUGACUCGAUUGAUGUGCAAAUGUGUGACUCCAAAGGCAACAAGGAGAAACAUAUUAGGAGUACAAGAGCCAGCAUCACCAUCCCGGUGCCGAGGAUCUCCACCCCCAGCAGCCCCCUGGUGUCUCCUUUCCUACCCUCUUAUUGCUACAUGCCCAGAGUCUGCACCCUCCAACACCCUCACCACCAGAGAAUUAUUCCCCUCCGACCACACAGUCGGGCCAGCAGCAGCCCCAGCGACUCUAUGCUGGACUCGGCCGACCCAGCCGAUGAGGAGGUGCACCAUAUAAACAGCUCAGCCAGGCUGUGGGCAGGAGUCCCAGCAGAGGAGCGGUGCCACUCACUGUCCCCCUGUGUCCCAUCGUGGCCAUUGCCUGUGAAGAACUGUACCAGUGCCACCAAUCUUACCGACUACAGCACUAAAGACAAGGACUUUAAGUUCUUCAGCGUGGACGCCAGGGGAUAUUUGGACAAGCCCUCUGUUUCCGAGGAUCAUCGGCGGCACUCCAUUGAGAUUUGCUCUUCUGUGGACAACAGUGCAUUUGAGCCUGGAGUUGGUGAAAGGAGGCACCUGCCCUCACGAGGACAAUCACUGCACAUCCCCAGAAAGAAGAAGAUGAGUCCUCCUUGUAUCUCUGUCGAACCCCUACUAGAAACAGUGCUACCACCGUCUCUCGUGUCCAUGAAAAAACUGUCCGAGAGCACGCUACUGCGGCGAAGGACGCCAUCUUAUGAACUGGCCCUACAGCGCGACUCUCUAGACUUCCUGGAGCACCAACUCCCCAGUCAGCCUCUCAUCAAAGUGGAGAGGCAGCUCUCACACUGUGGCGAAUAUCUCUCUCUCCCACGGUUCCCCUUUCACCAGUCAGACUCCAGUUCCUGCAUCGUGCGUGAAAGCAACCCAUCCGCACAGCCCCCUCGUUUCGACAGUGCACUGGAGGAGUCCACAGAUUUCAGCACAGUAAACAGGACUGCUCAAUGAUAGAGAUGAAAAUGUUGAUGGUUUCCGACUGGUGCACGCAAUGUGGCGUGGAAGUUAUUUUGGAUGUGGAGCAACAACCACUUAAUUCAAUAGCCAAAGUUUUUUUGAGAUGUAUAAUAUUAUGUAAGCCAGCCAGGAAUGGCAACUUUGAUAAGAGUGUGAUCGGGCACGAUGGGAUAUGCAAUUUCAGGUUUCCAUAUGGAACUCUGGUUCUUAUCUUUUUCCCACUGCUCAGUCACAUUGAUUUGAGUUCAGGAUGUGUGAUGGGUUUUCUUUUUCUUUUUUUAUUCCUUUAUCCAUCUUGUCAUUAAUAUUGCUGUUUCUGUUAAAAAAAAAAAAAAAAAAAAGAAUACGCAGAUUAAAUAAAACAAAAAAAAAGUGGAUAAAAAAAAUACAAGAACUGUACAUGAUCUGUACUUUAUUAAAUCACAUGUUGUAAAUUGAGGAAAUAUUGUAUUGGUGAAGAAAAUAGAUCUAUUCAUAUGCACAUAUUUUUAUAGAGAUCUAUAAUGUUUUUGCACAUAUCAAUUUGAAAUUCAAGUUGAAAUGUCUUUUGUUGUCCUCUUGUGAAUGUACAUUUUUUUAAAAUCAAAUAGCAGUGGGAACAAUUAUAGUCUAUUUAAACCUACUGAUACCGAGAUGAUUUUUAUUUUUCUAUUGGGAAGCGGGAUAUGACAUAUUGAAGUAGAUCUAGCGACAACCAAACAUCAAAUGAUCUGUAGCCUGAGUGCAAUACACUGUAAAUGUUUAUGUAAGUUUACCCUGUUAGGUUGCUCGCAUUUUAUACGUAACAUAGUAUUGAGCAUCUCACUAACACGACCUUAUACCAUAAUCAAAUUCAUCUCAAUGUCUUAAGUAAAGAAUUCACUCACACGUUCAUUAUGUAAUUUAAAAUUGGCAUUUUGUGACCCUUAGCUGUGGCACGGGCAGUGUGCAUGUGAGGGACAAUAUAAAUCAUUAUAGAUAUGUGGCAAACUUUGUCAUUUUCCUCAUUAUUUUCUAACAUUUGUCUCACAGAGUGUUUUCCUGCCAGGGUUUGUUUUAGCGUAAACGUGAUCUGGUUUAAUUUUAAGCUUCGAUAUGUUUCCUCUAUAUUUGUGUUCAGUAAAGAGACAUUUACAUGAAGGAAAUGCUGUAUAUGGGUGAUUCUACAGCUGUGGGCACUUUUAACCAUAAAUAUAGAGUUAUUUAAAAGUCCUGGUCUGGAAUAGCUGAUACAGAGCCAGUGUAGUCCCUGGCUAUAUUUCCCCUUCACCUUCAAUUUCACCUUCAGUAGGAGACAGGUUACUUUCAUGACAACUUCUAUAACUGCCAUGGGAUAUUAGUGUUAUUCAAGAGCUUUUUAUUAGAGCUGAACAAGAUAAAUUAGAGAUGGCACGAUAGCGCUUCUUCUUUUCCGAUACCGAAACCAUGAGCAUCAGCCAGUACUGAUAACCAUCCCAUAUUGUUUUCUUUAAAAACUGCUACACUUUAAAAUAUUUUUUUUAUUAACUGAGGAACCACUUACAUUGUAAAUAUAAUAAAGUACAAAUGAUAAAUAUAAUUAAAAAAAUCGACCCUAACAAAAAAAAAAAACCCAACCCCAAUAUGUAUAUAUAAAUAUUUCCAGUUCUAAAAAAUUUUUUCCAGAUCCAAUAUCAAUCCUUGCCACAGAAUCUGAUAUCCAAUUCACUGUUGUUUGAUUGCAUCAACCCAAUAUGUUGAUGAUGGGUAUUGGAUCGGUGCCAUCUCUUAAAAAAAAGUUUCUUAGUUACUUAUAAGUUGUAUUGUCCUAAUACUGCCUGGUUAGAAAUAACUAAUGGUCUACAGUAUAUACAAGCGAUGUUUCAAACAACCACAAUUUUACAAUCUUAAAAGACUAUACGAACAUAUGUUACUUGCAAAAUUAGCUUUAUAAACCAAAAUACUCAUUUAUACAUAUAUAAUUGACAGAUUAGAAUACAUAAUAACGGAUUUGCAUCCAUAGAUAAUGAACAAUAAUAUUUUUGAGCAGGUCAUAUGAUAUUUAUCCCAGAUUAAUAGAGCAGACUUAGAAGCAGCUUCCUUUAUUGGAGUAUUGGAGCUGAACUGUUCCUACUGUAUAUUGGCACAAUUAAUAAUAAAUGCGGUUGGUGUGUCGAUAACAACGACAUAUUCAAGUAAUAAUACAAAUACACUAUCUACACUAUUUGUAACAAUACAAAAAAAUGCACUUGUUUUUGAUGAUUAAACAAUACCCUGUUAUUUGCUAUCUCAAAUGUUAAACAUUUAUUGUAAUUAACAAAAUAUUUUUAACAUACCAUUAAAAUACACCUAUAAAAGGUUAUGUUUAGCACAAAACUCAGACAUGCUCACAACAAGGACAUUCCAUUAAAAGAUGCAGUAGCGUUUCGAUUUAUAAUAAAAUCUCUUUACUGGCUGAUGAAUUUAUGCACAAAUUUAAAGGACUUUAAAGUGCCCAUUGUGACAGAAACACCCAUACGGACUAUGUCUUUGAGGUACGCAUUUAUCUUAUUCCAUUUAAUGAUGAAACAUUCGAUUCUGCUCAUUCUGACACUUACAGUAUUUAUAUCCAAUUUCAUGAACAUAUGAAUACAAAUAACAGAAUCUUAAUGCUUUUGACCACUGAUCAUUUGUCAGUUUUCUCAAUUUUUGAAUCCUGAAUUGAUUCAGAAAGUGAAACUAUUGCAUGUUAUUGGAAAAAAAAAAAUACAUGAAUGUUUUUGAGGUUUAUGAUAUUUGAGCUUUAAUUUGUAUAAUAACUACCUGCACUAGACUGCAUUGGGCCGUCUGGGUUUUCCUCUUUGUAGAUCAACUUAUUCAUUGUCUAAUGCAAUAUUUUAUCUGUAUCUUUGUGAUCAUAGCUCAAGCAACUUAGGUGUAAGCAAAAAUCAUGGCUGGUAGAAUAUUUUAAUGGCAUUUAAUGGCAUAUUUAAGUACUGGACAAUUAAUGUUCAGUCAAUUUAUAUGGCUCAGAAAAUGUUUUUUUUUAAACCAGCACCAUGACUUUUGAAGAAAAAAGUUUUAAAAAGAAAUUAAGAAAAAAAAAAAAAAAACAAGAGUUGACUUUUUUUUUUUAAAUGAACAAAUGAUAGAAAUGAGUAAAAGGAUUUGGUGUGUACAUGCUUAAAUUAUUUGAAUCACAUUGGUGAUAUGGAAACUACAGCUUUCACAAUCAAGCAACCUAGUAUCCUUAAAUAAUUAAUCUAAGCAUUCUCUCCAUUCUUUAGUGGAAGAAAGUUGAGUCUUUUCUUAAUUUUUUUUUUCUUGAAGCAAAUUGUUUGCAAUAAUUUUGUCUUGAGUUCUUUGAUAUGGCUCAGAUGUGAUGCAAGGGAGGUAUUUAAAAUGGCUAUACAAUUUCUACACUGUAUUAUAACUUUUUAUUGUGCAAUGAUCUGAGCGGUACUCUCUGUCAUCUAAAGAUAAACAUUUUUAUCAAAAAAAAAAAAAAUCGGUGUCCUUUUUCUGACUUUUUAAAACUACAACAAUCAUACUUCUUAUUACAUUUAGGAGACAUUAUUGAAAAACAAACAUGACCACCACUAUUUUCAAUGACUUUGAAAUCCUCUUUCCACAAGACCUGUACAGUUGUAUUAAAAUAAAGGUCAGAAGAAACAAACAUUUCUAGAAUAAAUGGAAAAGUACAAAUGUAGCUUAAUAGAGAAGUUCAUUCAUUCAGUUGAUGUGAUCAUCAAUUGAAGGGCAUCUUUUGAUAGAUCAUAUUUUGCUUAAUAGAUUAAAAACAUCAAUUGUGAUGGACUAGCAUCCCAUCCA